AUGAAUGGCAACAACAAGGCAGCAGAUUACGAUGAAUCUUUCUCACGCUUUCUUUAUAACAAGGACAGAGGAACAGUUCUUGGCAGAACGGCAAAAUCGUGGUGCCAGAUCACAGUUUUCUACAUCAUCUUUUAUUCCUGCUUAGCUGCUUUCUGGAUUGCUUGCCUUGCAAUAUUCCUCAGUACGCUCGAUCCCAAAGUGCCACGUUUCUAUGGAAAAGGCACAAUAAUUGGCAUUAAUCCUGGUGUCGGGUAUCAACCAUGGCUGAAAGAAAAUCCCGAUUCAACUCUCAUAAAAUACAAUAUGAGAGAUGAGAAAUCAUGGCAGCCGUAUGUGAAACAGUUGGACGACUACCUGAAAAAGUAUAGCGAUACAAACGGGACUAGGGAAUGUGGUGAGAACGACAACAACAAUGAUGUCUUGGUAACAGAUUUUCCCCCUUUUUAUCGACUUUUUUUUUCGUGCAAACCAUGCCGCUUCGAUUUGUCAAAUUUCACUGCUGCUGGUUGCGGUCCAGAUAAGCAGUACGGAUACGGUAGACCAUGUGUCGUUCUCUCGUUAAAUCGUCUCAUCGGAUGGCAGCCGGUCGAUUAUGCACCAGAUUCUGUGCCAGAAAAUGUAAAAGGCCGCUAUAAAAGUGGUUCGAUUGCGUUGUACUGUGAUGGAGCUAAUAAUCCCGAUAAGGAGCAUAUCGGCCGCCUGAAGUACAUUCCAGAGUAUGGUAUUGAUGGAAGAUAUUAUCCCUACGUCUACGUGCCCAAUUACCAUCAACCAAUUGCUAUGGUGAAGUUUGAAUCGCUGCCACGUAACAAACUGGUGCUCGUCGAAUGUCGUGCGUAUGCUCUGAAUAUUGAGCACGAUAUCACGUCACGACUUGGUCUCGUACAUUUUGAGCUGUUCCUUGAAGACAAAGUCGUCGAGACGAAACCGGAAGCGUUGUGA